AUGAAGUCAAGUAACAGUCUUCCACGCAGCUCAGCCAGUGUGGCGUCAUUGCGAGCCAUCACGUAUCGCAUCGCAUCGACUCCGGUUCAGCAGCUGCCUCAUGUCGCCGCUCAAAUAUCCUCAUCGCUAUGGAACACUCGCGAUCUCCUCUCCGCCUCCCCAGAUCAACUAAAAAGCAACGCAGAAGCCGCGACUCUUGUCCAUCGCUUCACCAAAACGCUAUUUUCACUCCUCCAAGACCGCACAGUCGAAGGACGAUGGGCAGCAGUCGUUCUACUCAAGGCUACCAUUGAAGCGGGUGGUCUUGAACUGCUCACCAAAUCUGGGGCCUGGGUCAGAAGCCUUCUGGCCAUCUUGAAGAAGCCCGAUCCUCCUACUACGCGCACGCUGGCAGUCAUCUCCAUCACCCGGAUCUUCACUCUCACCUGGGAUCACACAACCCUGGUCCGGGAGAUCACUACCCCAUCUCUCCCACCUUUCAUUACGUCUUGUCUCAACAACUUCGAACAGAAGAGAUGCUCUGCAAAUGAACGACAGACUAUUCUGGCAGCGUUUGCGACUUUACUACCCCGACAUCCGACCGUCUUUCGUACAUUCGACAAACAAAUCCGAGCUUUGCUUGUGCGCAUCAUCUCUUCCACUUCUUCAAGCACCGCGUCUGAGGUACAUUACACCGUGGGAGAAAAAGAGGUUGCUCGACGACUACUAGCCCUGCUGCACCAUUGCGCCCCUCAACAAAGUGGCGCAUCAAAAUGGGCAGAAGGUGUGAAGACGGCAGUCGCAACCGCUCAUGAGACAUGUGACGUUUUAUUCAGAGCGAUAAUCGAGGACCGGCAAUCUACGGCGAGCAACAACAUCGCAUCCAAACCCACUGCUGCUACCGAUCAGAUUGCCAACUUCCUCGGAUCCGGGCCUGGGAGAGGUGUCUACGCUGAUGGUGAGAUGCUCGUGGAACUCCUCGUCGUGCUCCAAUCACAUCUAGAAGUUUCAACUUCUGGUACGGUGCAUGUACCCGUAGGUCUCCUGGUCGGACUCAUCCACCGCGUUCUCAACGUCACCAUGCCGGCGAGAAGCGGUGAUGAUGGACAAAAGUUCAACGUCGAGAUAGCCAAGGAUGAAAGAGAGGCACUCUUCACCGUUCUCCCUACCAUCCACAUCGCGACCAUGCAACUGGCCAAUACCCUACUGGCUCGCUUCGGUACGGCAAGCGUGCCCUACAUCCCUGAGCUCCUGGAGCUUGUGCGCCACGUUUUCAGCCAAGAGAAAGCAGAUGUGGACAUUCGCAUGGCCGUUUACGAGACACUGAGGAAUCUCUUGGACAUCAUCGGCCCGGGCAUGUCGAAGGCGGAAGUUGCAGAUCUGGCGCCUAUCAUCCGGAUGUGCUGCGAGGAUCUUCUACCCACGGAUGCCCCGUCAUCAACGACAAGUGUGAAUGGAAGCUCUGCGACGCCUCCAGCAGGAGUUACGGCUGUUUCAUUGCGCUCUGCAUCACAAGAUGACCGCGUGGCAUCAGCGCAUACCCUGUUACCACGCCUUUUCACCAAAAUUAACCCGGCCUACAAUCCACGCAAAGUGCGUGUGCAAAUGGAGCGAACGGCAAUCUUGACAAAGCAUGAAGAGGCUUUGACAGCGUGCGUCAUGAACCCUGGAAGUAAAGACGGCCAAGCUGGCCUUUCGCCCAGUCUCCUACCCAUGCUCGCCAGGUUGUUCCCAGAGAGCUCAGGGCUGGAGAUGAUACUCAGGCCACGGAUGCCUGUCAUCCUUUCAGGCUCCCGCGCUACGGGUGCUAGCGGGACACAUACAUCGCAUGUGGAGGAUGUUGAUAUGUCUGGUGAAGCUUCCGAGUCUGAAGUGGAGGAUUUGGUCGAAGAGAAUAUUGUUGCAUGGCCUGUCGCUGCGGAAGGUGAACCGGCUGUCAAUGGAAGUGCUGCCACCGCGCUCACGAGCAGCAACGCAUCAGACGCAUUGGCUAAAACUCACGUUGAAGUUGGCCAGCCCAAGCGGGCUGCUUCUGACUCAGUCGAGGCCGACAUGACACCAAAGCGAGCUAGGACAUCCCCUUUCAAGAACUUUUCGCGACCUCUAGUGGACGUUCAUCCUGUUGGGCAGCAGGAGGUCGAAAGCGGCGCUGCUUUGCCACAGUUGCAGGAGGUGCAACCUCUGGAGCCAGUGCAGCGUGCUGUGAUGGCGGAUAUCGUGGCUCCGGGAGCAGCAGGCGUUGGUCCCGAAGAGGUUACAAAGGGGGGCGAUGCUCGUAUUGAGAUCGAGGACGAUGAUGACGAUUUCGAGAUACCCGCGAUCAAUCCUGAUCCUGACACAGAUUCGGAGGAUGAGGAUGACGAAGAGGGAGAUGAGUAG